UUUGCUGGUGCCUGGAAUUUAUAGGCGCGGCGAGUGUUAGUGUUACACUUGAUUUUCGUCUCGCUUCCAGAAAAGAACCACAUUGGCUUCUAAGAAGUUCUUCCCGGUUAGAGAGGGAAGAGAUUCACAGCAAUCAUGUCUUUGACCGUGAUUGUUGUGAGUGCCUCCAACCUUCCGAAUGUUGAAAAACUUGGCAAAAGCGACCCGAUUGCUUCGGUGGAAUUCCAAGGAUCGAGAAAGAAGACUGAAGUUAUAAAGGAUGAAUUAAAUCCGACAUGGAAUGCGAAUCUUACAUGGGACUUGAGUGGAAAGCCUCUUACUGGAGCAGACUCUAUAGCAGUGGCAGUGAAGGAUUGGGAGCGAGUUGGAAGAAACAGACUGCUUGGGAAUGUGACCGUUGGCCUUGGACAAUGUAUCAAAUCCAAGUCCCACUCACUUGAUGUUAACCCAGUGUUACUCGAUGGUAAUGGACGACCUACACAGGCUAAGAUCAAGCUGCAGAUCAAAUAUGUGCCACCGAAGGGAGCGGAAAAGCCAGGUGGGGGCGGUGCAGAAGCACCCAUCACUGCAGCGUCUCAGAGCGAUCUAGGCUCAGCACCAGGUGAAGAAGGUGGGGAAGAAGGCGACCCCGAUAUGGAUUUAGAAGCCGGAGAAGGUGGCGGAGGAGAUGGUGGGGGAGGUGGCGGUGGAGUACCAAGUCUUGGGCGAAAGAAGAAAAAGAAGAGGGAGGAGUUGUCCACAAAGGAGGCCGAUUUCCAGAUUAGAAUCAAAAUCUGGGAAGCCAGACAACUUGCCGGUGGUAAUAUCCACCCAGUUGCAAAAGCCACCGUCUGUCAACAGACAAAGAUGACACGGGUGAAGAAAUCAACCAACAGACCCUUCUGGAAUGAGAUAUUCUUCUACAAUGUACAAACAAGCCCAGCUGAAUUGGUGGAUGAAAUGUUGUCCUUUCAGGUUUUCAAUUCGCGCAAACUUCGUAGCGAUGCGUUGCUAGGAAGUUUUGCAUUCGAUGUUGGUACAGUCUGGGACGAGCCAAAUAAAUUUCUAUCAAAUAAAUGGCUGCUCCUGUCAAGCCCAGAAGACACUCAAGGAGGGGUCAAAGGUUAUUUGCUCGUCAGUGUUUGCAUUAUUGGAGCUGGAGAUGAGGCUCCUGUUUUCAAGAAAGCUGAUGACAAAUCUCACAUUGAAUCGAACCUUCUACGACCUGCAGGUAUGCAGUUAAGGCGUGGAUACUUCAAGCUCAAAGUAUUUCACGCUGAAGAUAUUCCACAAAUGGACCCCAGUUUCUUUGAGGGUGUCAAGAAAAUAUUUGGAGUUGCUGACCAGCAGAAGGAGCUUGUUGAUCCUUACUUUGAGUGUAAAUUUGCUGGUAACAAGCUUAAAACUGAUGUUAAAUAUUGCAAUGACCAUCCAGACUGGAACCAGGAACUCAGGGUACCCAUCAAGUUUCCAUCGAUGUGUGAACGAAUCAAAUUUCGAGUUCGAGACUGGGAUCGUCUGUCAUCUGAUGAUUAUGUGGGCACAUACUUCCUCAACGUUUCUGAAAUCUCAAGUCCCGGUGAAGAAGAUGAUUUAGUGGAGGAGUUAUUAGAAAAUAAUGAAAACAUGAUAGGAUUCUUGCCAACCUUUGGACCUUGCUUCGUAAACUUUUAUGGGUCAACUAGAGAGUUCACCGACCUCCCAGACCAGUAUGAAGACCUCAACAAAGGAGUUGGUGAGGGUGUUGCUUUCCGUGGGCGUGUCCUGGUUAGCCUAACCACUAAGAUCGGUGAGGAAUCUGAUAUACCAAUAGCAGAAAUCGACCACAAGGAAGUGGUGUCUGUUCAACGCUACCUCCGUCGUCGCAAGUAUCGACUCUACGGUGCAUUUCUCCACGCGACUAUGAUCAGUGAAGUAGAUGCUCCGGUUGAGUUUGAAAUUAGCAUUGGAAACUACGGUAAUAUCCUGGAUACAUCAACGGAUCCGCAGCCUUCAACGACCCAGCCAACCAAUGCCGUCUUUGAUGGGUGUAACUACUACUUCUUGCCUUGGUCCGACACCAAGCCAUGUGUGAUCGUCAACUCUCAUUGGGAAGACAUCAGCUUCCGUCUCGACACACUCAACAUGCUCCUCAAUAAGAUUGAUCGGCUUGAAGAGAACAUGAAGAAUGUGAGAAAUAGUAUAAAAGCAGGAAUGCCGACUACGGAAGUAGCAGCACAGUUGAUUGGAAUGAUUGAUUCCCUGAUUGCAGACUGCAGUGUUCCAAUUCCGGAACUUGACCCAAUAAAGGACAAGUUCAACGAUCUUGACAAGAAACGAUAUGCGGUGCGCCAAAAAGAGCUUAACAACAUUGUCAUCGAUGCGACUAAAUUGCGUGAGAAUGCCACAGAUGUCAAUGAUGCUCUUGAUGAAGUUGAUGGAUAUCUGCGUAUCUUGAAAGAGCUUGCUAUUGAGCCACAAAACAGUAUGCCAGAUGUGGUUAUUUGGAUGAUCAGUGGGUCCUCGCGUAUUGCCUAUUACCGUAUUCCUGCUUACGAGAUCUUAUAUUCAUCCCGAGAUCCUGAUGCCUGUGGUCGUUAUUGUGCCAAAAUCCAGAGUAUAUUUUUGAAGGAACCUGGAGAAGAGGAAAAGAAACCAGAUGAAAAAACACCACUUGGGUACCCAGGAUCCAAGGCUGAUGUAGCCCUAGGUGCGGAUCAGUUGCCUGGUAUGCUUCGCAUGAAGCUCUGGCUUGGCCUAGAGACUGACGAGGGCAAUUGGCAGAAUGAGCAGACUGAUGGAAGCAUGGCAGUAUUCGCAGAAACUUAUGAAAACCAAAUCAAUCUACCUAUAGUAGACUGGACAACGAAAGGUAUGCCAAGACCUAAGUUCUCUGAUGCAAGUGGUGACAUAAAACUUCCCAAAGAAAAGUUUAAGCCCCCUGAAGGGUGGAGGUGGGCAGGAGAUUGGUUUGUCAGCCCAGAAUUAAGUCUGUUGUACGAUGCCGAUGCUGGACAGACAAAGUUCCUGGAGGACGUCUUUGAGUGCGAGGCUAGGAAUAUACCAGGCGGGCAAUGGGGGACUGCCACCACACCUUACACAGAUGUGCGUGGUGACGCAACAACCGCACGUGAUGAAGUCACUUGCCCGGAGGGAUGGGUAUGGGAGGACGAUUGGUGCCUUGAUGUUAACAGAGCAGUGGAUGAAGAAGGAUGGGAAUAUUGCGUUGAAGCCACCCUGGGCAACUACGGGCCGGUGGAAAAGACUUACCAUCUGUGCCGUCGAAGGCGGUGGGCACGCAACAGAUUCCUCAAUGCAGAUCCAAAAGCAGUUGAGGCUAAGAAGAAAGCAGCUCUAGGAGAAGGCUGGGAGUACGCUCCACUUUUCAACAUGAAGUUCCAUGGUACUGAGCGCAAGAUGGAUAUGUGCCGACGUCGUCGUUGGCAUCGCAAGAUGGUUGCAGAAUCCCCAGGGGCAUCAGCCGUAUUUGCGUUGGAAGGUCUUGGGGACUUCGAAAGUGAUGACGAUGAGAAGAAAAGCAAGAAGGAUAAAGAUAAAGAAGAGGAGAAACGACUUUCAGCUCCAAGAAUGUUCCUAACUUUUGAAAAGAAUUACAAAUACCAGUUGCGAGCUUAUGUCUACCAAGCAAGAGAUUUGGUUGCGUCAGAUAGUGACAGCUUUUCAGAUCCAUAUUGUUAUGUGGCAUUCUCAUCUCGCAGUCAGAAAACAGAGGUCAUCAAGUCAACACUGUGCCCUACCUGGGACCAAACCCUCAUCUUUGAGGAGCUAGAUCUCUAUGGCAGUCCAGAGAUGAUUGCUGCAAACCCUCCAGUUAUAGUUGUUGAGGUCUUCGACUAUGACACAUUUGGAAGUCCGGAAUUCCUUGGACGUGCCGUGACAAAACCAUUGGUGAAGCUGGAAGGCUCUGAUCCUCGCGUUGCUAAGUUAUAUUGGUUGCCGUUGUACAAAGGUGAUGACCAAGCUGGUGAACUCCUUGUAUCCUUUGAACUUUUCUUGGCCGACAACACAGAUCUUCCUUUCAUGCCACCGAUGCGAGGGCAACUGUAUUUGGUGCCAAAUGGUAUUCGACCAGUCAUGCAACGUACUGGUGUAGAAAUUCUCUCAUGGGGUGUGCGUAACAUGAAGAAGUUCCAGUUAGCAUCAGUCACAUCACCAAGCAUAGAGUUUGAGGUCGGAGGAAAGAUCAUCGAGUCAAAGAUCAUCAAGAACACAAAUAAGAACCCCAACUUUGACUCACCACUGUUGUUCAUGGAAGUGAUGUUGCCAAAGGAGGAACUGUACACACCUCCAAUGAAUCUCAAAAUCCGUGAUCAUCGUGCAUUCGGUCGCAAACCAAUCGUUGGCAUUCACAUCAUCAAGUCUCUACAGGAAUACAGAUGCGAUCCGACGCAGCAGGCUGACAUUAUAGAGUUGCCGGAAAAUCCAGAUCCGGAAAUGCAAGCAUUAGCUUUUCAUGCCGAAGAGCUGUUAGGGAAAGGAAUUGAGCGAAUGCAACGAAAAAAAAGUUCAACAGAUGAGAUUCCCGUUGCUGUGCCCCCAGGUCAGCAGCCCGCUACUGUCGGAACACCCGGCAGUGAAGUGAGCGCCAAGGAAACUGAUCAUGUGAUUGAGAUGACUGAAGAAGUACCAGACGACAAAGUCAGUAUAGCGUCAUCUGGUGAAAAGAAAAAGAAGUUUAAUUUAGUAGCAUUUGGAAAAAAACAAUUAAAGCUAAUGAAGGGUCCCAAGAAGAGUAAACACCUUCUUGCUCCGGAUGUAUUAGAGGAAGAGAUUGAUUGGUGGUCGAAGUACUAUGGAUCAAUUGGAGACAAAGAGAAAUGCGGUUCCUACUUAGAAAAGGGAUAUGACACAAUAAAGAUAUUUGACUGCCCACUUGAAAAGGUUGAACCAUACAACAGUUUCUCUGAUUUUUGUAACACAUACGAACUUCAACGUGGCAAGAACAAGGAAGAUGAAGAAUUUAGUGGAGUAGGGGAAUUCAAGGGUCUAUUCCGUGUUUACCCAUUGGCCCCGGAUCUUAAGGCACCCUUACCACCGAAGCAGUUUAAAAGCCUGCCGAGUAGUGCACCGUGCGAAUGCAUCGUUCGUGUGUACAUCAUUCGAGCCAUCGACCUUCAACCUCAGGAUCCAUCAGGAUUGGCUGAUCCCUACUUAAAAAUUUCCCUUGGAAAAACAAAGAUUAAGGAAAAUGAUGCAUACCUUCCCAACACACUGAAUCCAAUGUUUGGAAGAAUGUUUGAAAUUAAGGCUUCCAUUCCUGUUGUAAAAGAUCUAAAGAUUGGUGUGAUGGACUACGAUUUUUUGAGUAGCGAUGACAUUAUUGGCGAAACCAUCAUUGAUCUUGAAAAUCGUUUCCUUUCUAAAUACCGUGCAACAUGCGGUCUGCAAGCUACUUACAACACGACUGGUCCAAAUGUCUGGAGAGAUGCAGUAACACCAACCCAGAUUCUGCAGCAGUAUUGCAAAAAGAAUUCUCUGCCCGACCCGGUCUACUACGGCGCUACAAAGCUUUGCUUUGACGGAAAAAUGUACAACCUUCAAGACUUCGAGGCAAACAAGAUCCACAAUGAACAUGAAGGACCACCAGAAGAGCGCUUGGCAUUAUAUGCACUCCGCAUGUUGCCAUUAGUCCAAGAGCACAUUGAAACCCGCCCUCUAUACAGUCCUCUGCUACCGAACAUUGAACAGGGUAAACUCCAAAUGUGGAUUGAUAUUUUCCCUCUUGAUAUUGGCUUCCCGCACACUCCUUUCGACAUUCAGGUUCGAAAGCCGAAAUCGUAUGAAAUUCGCUGCGUCAUCUGGAAUACGAAAGACGUCAAGUUAGAUGAGACCUCAAUAACUGGCGAACGGAUGAGUGAUAUUUACGUCAAAGGAUGGCUCAAAGGUCAAGAUGAUAGACUGCACACUGACGUGCAUUACCGGUCCUUAAAUGGUGAGGGUAAUUUCAACUGGCGAUUCGUUUUCAAGUUCGACUACAUACCACCAGAGCAAGUCAUGGUUAUCCAGCAAAAGGAGCAUUUCUGGAGUUUGGAUAAGACCGAGGUUCGUGUACCUCCAACUCUGAUCCUUCAGAUAUGGGACAAUGACAAGUUUUCUCCUGACGACUUCUUAGGUACACUUGAGUUGAAUCUGAAUAGCAUGCCGUCACCUAAGAAGAAAUCAUCCAAGUGCAGUCUUGAACAGUUGCCCGAGAACAAGGCCGGAGUCGAAGUGACUAUGGUGUCUCUUUUCGAGCAAAAGCGCCUUAAUGGAUGGUGGCCAUGCAUGAGUGAGGAGACUGGUACUCCAGAACUGACCGGGAAAGUGGAACUGGAGCUUGAGAUUGUGAAUGAGUUUGAGGCUCUUGAGAAACCUGCAGGCAAUGCUAGAGAUGAGCCUAAUGCUAAUCCUGUACUGGAUCCACCAAAGUAAGUUCACAAUUUAUCAUCAUCAUUUCUACGUUUAACCAUUAUAUA